CUCAUGACACAGGGUGUCGUCCCAUACCUUGGCACUUUCCUCACUGACCUGGUGAUGUUGGAUACUGCAAUGGAGGACUACCUGGAGGGCAAUGAGAUCAACCACUGCAAAAAGAAUAAGGAAUACCGAGUCCUCACGGACAUCAUGCUGCUCCAGGCGGCGGCAGAGAAUUACUGCCUAGAGCCCCAGCAUCCAUUCACGGCCUGGUUCUGGGCUGUGGAGUGGCUCAGCGAGGAUGAUAGGUGAGGCCCAUUCAGGAGCUGGGUGAGGGUCGGGGUGGACUCUU